AUGAUUAAGAAAAAUUUAAAUUUUAAAAAUUUAACAAAUUUCCAAAUUGAACCAUUUUAUAAUCAGAAUUAUUUGGUUAACAUUGUGGAUAAUAUAUUAAUGAGUAAUGAUAAUUCAAAACUUAAUGUACUUGGCUUGACAAGACAUCCAGAAUUACAAGCUAAUCAUGGUCAUCAUAUGGAUGAUAGUUUUUCAAUUAGAAAUGUAUUUCAACGAAUUAAUUUUCAAGAUUUGGUAGUAUUAUCAUUGAAUGAUAUUAUUGUUAAUGAAAAAGAUGGGAAAAUGUUGUUGAAAUCUGUUGAUUUGGAAAAAUUGAAAAGCUUACAUUUACGUGGAGUCAUUGAAAGAUCAAGUGUAUCAUCAUUCCUUAUGAUAAUUGGUGAGCAUUUAAUAAAUCUAGAAAAUCUAUCACUAGAUGUUGAAGAAUCUAUGGAAUAUCUACCCGAUUUCUUAUCAUUGAUCCCAAUCUUGUCCAGUCUAGAUCUUACUAUUAGAAAACAAGCCACAUUUGAAACAUAUUCUACAGCUAUAACAAGACACAAAAAGAAAUUAACAAAACUUUCUCUAGAAUUGCUUAAUUUAGAAGAUAAUCUACUCAAUGAUAUUCCUGAUUUGUUUUACUUGUCAUUAUCACGACUUACAGAGUUAAUAAGUUUAAGAAUCAAUAGUAGCAAUAAUAGUUCACAAGAACCAGUGGGUUUAUUAAGCUUAGUAGCAUCAUUAUCCAAUUUAAAAUUUCUUGAAGUAUUUGGUAAUAAAGCUGGGGGAAUGCCUAAUUUAGGAUUAGAUAUGAUUCAUCCCACAGUAUUUGAUGGAUGGUUCAAAGUUCAACAUGUUGUAUUCAUAUAUUUAAGACAAAAUAAACAGUUGAAAUAUGUUAAAAUCAAUGAUUGUUUAUUUGAAUGUGAUUAUGAUCAAUAUGUUGUUUCUCCUAAAGAUGGCAUAGAUAAUUGGUUCAAUAUGAAUGUUAGAUUUAGUAUGAUGCUGUAUUCUACUUAA